UAAAAUACCGACAUUCUUUAUAAAUUUAAUUAAAUAAAAGAAAAAUUAUUAUAAAAUGAAUCCCUUUUGUUGAUUGUUCCAGUCAAACAGAAUGGAUUUGGGAUUUUUUCACAAUCUAGCUUUGGCGGGCACCGAUCAACUAGGAUAUUUAUUGAUUUUUUUAACAUUGUUAAUACUGGUUUAUGGUCCAUUCGUUCUUUGGUAUUCGGAUGGUUGGUAUCGUACAAUGGUACAAUUUUCCAAAUGGUUGAAAAGUAAAGAUUCAACUCGUUCGGAUGGUGCGGAUGAGCAAAAACCACAAGCGUCACGAUUAUCAUUAGAUCUUCGUGUUACAAAACCGUUGAAAUUAAAUCUCCGGCGAUUGGUUGUUACGCAAUCCGAUCUAAGUGAACGACGAGCACGUUAUAAAAUUGGUCGUAUAAAAUUUGGUGUAAUACCACCACCACCACCACCACCAUCAACAACAACAACAACAAAAACGUCCGAACAAAAAAAUUAAAUUGAUGGAAUUUUCAUAACAAAUUGCAUUCGAAUAUAAUUCAUUUUCUUUUGUGCGCAUGUCGAUUUCGAAUUAUAAAUGAAAACCGGAAUGUGCUCUCACAACAACAAACAUUCGAAUGGUGGCAGCACUAGCGCAUGGUGGUGUGAGUGGCGAAUGCUCUUUUCUAACUCUGAGUUCAUUGUUGACGAUGAUGAUGAUGAUUGAUAACUUUUUUGUUUUGUUUCGUUUUUGUUGAAAUAAUUUGGCCAAAACAAAAUUGAAAUUGUGAAAUUAUCAGAUCAGACCAGAUUCGGUGUGAUUGAGAUUAAAUAAAAAAAGACAUUCAGCCAGUUCCAGAAUGUACAUGAUCAUCAUCACUUGAAACGCCGAUCGUUGACCAUCUUGAUUGUUUCAUUGCAUCAUCAUCAACCACGACCUUUAUAAAACAGCCGAUCAUUUUUCUUCAACCUUCAAUCAUCAUCAACACUUGGAAACCAUCACCAGCGAACAAAUCAAAGAAUUUGGUGUUUUUAUUCCUAUAUGAUUGAUG